AUGUCUCAAUCAGGAGUCGAUGUUUCGCCUGAGUGCGUCUCGACAUUCAACGAGUUGAAGCUCAACAAGAAGAUCAAGUUCAUUAUAUUCAAGUUAACCGACGACUACAAGGAGAUUGUUGUCGAGGAGGCUAGCGAGAAUGGUGACUGGGAUUACUUCCGCGAGAAGCUACUGAAUGCAGAAUCGAAGAGCAAGAAUGGAAAGGUUGGCAAGGGCCCACGCUACGCUGUCUAUGACUUCAACUACGACCUGGCGUCUGGUGAGGGAACAAGAAGCAAGAUUACCUUCAUUGCAUGGUCGCCUGAUGAUGCCGGCAUCCAGCCAAAGAUGGUGUACGCCUCCUCCAAGGACGCUCUCAAGCGUUCCUUGAACGGUCUCGCCACCGAAUUCCAAGCUAACGACACCGACGAUAUUGAAUACCAAUCUGUCCUGGCAAAAGUCAGCAAGGGAUUGGCAUGA